AGAAGACGGAUUGGGACUCUCAAAACGACAAGAGAUUCAUUAUGAACCGUCCGACAUCAAAGUGUAUCAUGCUAAACAUCUAACGGAAAGCGAUUGGAUGUGUUUGAUUCGGUCUUCAUGGCUCAUCAGCUGUGAUGGCUACAGAUAUGAUCGAGAGUGAGGUAGUGUUGAAGGCUGCGGCUGAUAACGAUAUGAGUCUGAACAAUAGCCCAGACCUAGACACACCCAGGAUUUAUGAGAGCCUGGGAGGAGAUAUCAGAGACACUCCGAGCCCUUCCUCUUCGGCAGUGUCAGGAGGAGAAGAGGAAGAAGAUUUAGAAGACCUGCAAAACAGCAGCACAGAGCUUUCAUUGGAAAAUGGCGAAGAGGCCGCAGGAGCAGCGCUACAGAGGCCAACCCAAACAGGAGGUCCGCCGCAGGAAACGGUGACUCCAGACAAUGGAGAAAAACAGGAGGAAGGGGUGGAGGUGGUGCUAUGCUCCACUCCCGUCAGAAUGCCCCAGACAUACUCGACCUCUGGACAUAAUGGAAGUCUGGAGCGUCAGGAGUCUGUUGCGACCACCGAGGCUCGUCUCCGCAUGGAGGGGGUGGAACUUAAAGAGGAGUGGCAGGACGAGGACUUCCCCAGGCCCCUACCUGAGGAGGAAGAGGAGGACAUUCAGCUGGGUGAAGAUCUCUUCACUGGACCCUCUGGAGAAGGACAGUCUGCUUCUGCAGGGGGCUAUUCUGCUCUGAGUGGUGGUAAGAAUACUAAGAAGAAGCUGGCUGCCCCAGACAUCAGCCUGACUCUGGAUCGGAGUGAAGGAUCUCUGCUGUCUGAUGAGCUGGAGGAGGAGAGUACAGAGCUAGACCUGGAUGAUAUAGACACACCAUCUGACAACAGUAAUGAGUUUGAAUGGGAAGAUGACCUGCCGAAACCCAAGACCACGGAGGUUCUGCAGAAGGGGGUGGAGUCGGUCCAGGUGUACUCGGCCUCCGAGGAGAGGGAGGAGGGGCGGCGUUGGAGAGUGUUCCGUAUAGGAGACCAGGAACACAAAGUCGACAUGAAGGCAAUAGAACCCUACAAGAGGGUCAUCAACCACGGAGGUUACUAUGGAGAUGGCCUGAAUGCCAUCAUAGUGUUUGCCGUGUGUUACAUGCCUGAGAGCAACCAACCCAACUACCGCUACAUCAUGGACAACCUCUUCAAGUAUGUGAUCGGCACUUUGGAGCUCUUGGUAGCAGAGAACUAUAUGAUAGUGUAUCUGAACGGCGCCACGUCCAGGAAGAAGAUGCCCAGUGUGGGCUGGCUCAGGAAGUGCUAUCAGCAGAUCGACCGCAGGUUAAGGAAGAAUUUGAAGUCGUUGAUUAUUGUCCACCCCUCCUGGUUUAUCCGCACCCUCCUGGCCCUCACCAAACCCUUUAUAAGCUCAAAGUUCAGCCAGAAGAUCCAAUUUGUGUUCAACUUGACAGACCUUUCUGAACUGGUUCCUAUGGAGUACGUCUCUAUACCAGACUGCAUUAAAGAGCUCGACCAGGAGAAACCCGUCAGAGUGGAGAUGGCAGCCAUGCCAGAGACAGAGUAAGACUACCUGGGCGGCUUGCUAGCUCUGCUCUGUCUGCCCUGCACAGCUCCAGACCGAUGACGAAUGUUCAGAACCACAGCUGAUCAGCCUUUACUGUUGAUAAUGUGUGUUGCAACUGGAGAGACUUAGAGAGCCCAGGUGCAGGAGAAGACAAGUACCUUUCUGAGACCAUUCUCCCUGUUACUUUGUUACAACCCUCUAACUCGCCUUUGGUCAUUGUUGCGACCCUCUCUCUCCCUCUCUCUCCCUCUCUCAUUGUUGCAACCCUCUCUCUCCCUCUCUCAUUGUUGCAACCCACUCUCUCUCCUCUCUCAUUGUUGCAACCCUCU